AUGUCCGCCAUGUCCGCCCUACACCCCCAGCCUUCGGAGGAUAAGACCCUCAUCCCCUCCUCUCCCAGCUUCCUGCUCCGUUUCUGGCAGUCCGUAAACCCCUUCUCCCUCCCCCCCUCUAUCCCCGCACGCGGAAACCUAGCCCGCGACCACCUAGCCAACGAGCGCACCUUCCUAGCAUGGACACGUACCUGUCUCGCCCUGGCCACAACGGGCGUCGCGCUCGUCCAGCUGUUUGCGAUCUCCGCGCUUGGAACGACAGAGGGCAGGCAGAGGACGAUGACUAUGGCCCGGCCUGUGGGGGGGACGAUGGUCGCUGUUGGAGGGGUGGUGUUGGUUGUUGGGGUACACAGGUACUUCAGGACCCAGAUCGCACUUAUGAGCAACUCGUUCCCCCCUUCGAGGAUCGCCCCACUCUUACUGUCGAUCAUGACCGCCGUCCUGCUCGCGGUGGUGUUCGUGAUAGUAGUGACGAUGGGUGUGCCGUAG